UUUGUACAUAACCUCGAGAUAAAACCCACAUUUUCGCCUCGAGGAAAUCGGCUCAUCCCCGCAGUGUCUGUGGCUCGUCCCCGUUUGGUUCUUCAACGGUCCGGGCUUGGUCCGAGACGAGGCUCGAGCUCAUCCUGAUCACAUGUUUAUUUCGUCUCUUGUCAUUUAUUGUUUCCACUUCUCUUAGCAUAAUCAACAUUCAUCUUUGUUCUGGCCUUUUUGGCCCUUAGAUGCUUAAAUAAGUUGCGGCUGCACUUACUUGUGUCAGGACUGAUUCAAUGGCGACCACAGAAGAGCAGGACACUCUCCGACUUCUUGUUCAGCAUGUCGCUCGAGGCUUUUACGAACCGAAAUACUCGAUUAUCAUGGAUCAACUUGCGCGCCAUCCAGUUCUCAAAGAUGAUGACCUUGCUGGAAGGAUGGGUUGGCAGCCGAAGGAGUUGAAUAAGGUCAUUGCAGUGCUAGCAAACGACUGUCUGGUCAAGAUUUAUCGGCAGAACGAACUGAAGGAAGGCGCACAGCGCGCUGUCAGCAAACAAUACUACUAUAUCGACUAUACUUAUUUUUGUAAUGUGGUCAAAUGGCGUAUCGCAAAGAUGCGACACAAGAUUGAUUCUAAUUUGCGUAAUGAACUUGACAAUAAAGGUUAUAUUUGUCCUCAAUGCAAAGCGACGUACACACCCCUCGAUGUUGACAAGCUGAUGGACUUUGCUCGAGGUUGUUUUGUGUGCGAAAUAUGCCAAUGUGAAGUGGUGGACAACGAGAAUCCAGAGACGGUGCAGGGGGGCAAGGAUCGCAUGUCUCGCUUCAAUCACCAAAUGCGUUUCAUACGUGUUGGUCUACAGAAGAGUGAAGCAAUGGUGCUUCCCCCAUUUGAUGUAGCAGCUUGGGUCAAAGCAAAUCUCGCGGGUGGAGAUGAUAAAAACUCUGACUCGCCUGGUGCGGGCCUUAAAAUUGCUGGAUCGGAUCCGAACAGGCCAGAGGACGAGGGCGUUGGUGUCGUUAUCGCAUCAGAUAAGGACGAAGCCACAAGAAAGAUGGAGCGGGAUGCUCAGGCUGAGCUCAAGAGACAACAGAAUGCUCUUCCCUCGUGGCACUUGAAGAGUACAAUCUCUGGUGAUCUAACUGCGCUGGGUAUCAAGGAAAGCGCUCGAGCCGAAGCCGCUGUUGUCAAUGGCGUCGGUUCAACUUCAAAUGACGAGGUUUUGCGUGGGUUGGGUGUAGUAGGAAUGAAACCUUCUCAAAGCACAACGGCCUUGGUCGUUGAAACGAAACGAGAAUCCAAGCCUGUUACCAAUCCUGAUGCAGAUUACUAUGAGCAGUAUUAUGCAUCUCUCGCUGCUUCUGCCGUCGCUUCUGCUCAGGCUACCCCGUCUGGUAGUGUACCCGGAAGCUUAGAUCUCGAUGAUUUUGGAGAAGAUGAGGAAGACAGAAAACCUUCAUUGGAGUAUCUCAACUCCUUGAAUGAUUACCGCAAGCGAUCUCGAUCGCAGGAGAACGAAGGUUUCUCCGGCAGGAACAAGAUUGCCAAGACGGAGAGCUUUACAAACGGCGAACAUGUGAAUGUUGAAAUUGGGAUCCAGGGCGAAGCAAUCCCUAAGGCAGAUCCUAUGGUCUAUGUGAACGGAAAUCCAGUCGCGUUUUCCAAGGUCACAGAAGAAGAUCACGAGUUGAUGACCCCGGAAGAGUAUACGGCUUAUUUCGAGGUAAUGCAGUCUUUGGAGGAAUAGGUUGUACAAUGUCCUUGUCAAUAUAUAUAUAUCAAUCAUGUAACACUGUGUGCAUGUUCUUUGAGCUUA